GGCGCGCGCUCACUCUUGGGUGCUGGCCCUGCGAGGCGGGGCGAAGGAGCGGCGGGGCGGCCCGCAGACGGGUGGGGCGGCCGUGCUUGCCGCGAGCACCCCCGGGGUCGCCUCUACUUCCGCCGGGGCUGCCUCUCCUUCCGCCGGGGCCGCAGGGCCUCAUGGAAGCCCCGGAGGGCGGCGGAGGGGGGCCCGCAGCGCGGGGCCCUGAGGGGCAGCCGGCGCCCGAAGCCAGGGUGCACUUCCGAGUGGCGAGGUUCAUCAUGGAGGCAGGUGUCAAGCUAGGGAUGCGGUCCAUUCCCAUUGCCACUGCUUGCACCAUUUACCAUAAGUUCUUCUGUGAGACCAACCUGGAUGCCUAUGACCCUUACCUGAUUGCCAUGUCUUCCAUUUACUUGGCUGGCAAAGUGGAAGAGCAGCACCUGCGGACUCGUGACAUCAUCAAUGUGUCCAACAGGUACUUUAACCCAAGCGGUGAGCCCCUGGAAUUGGACUCCCGCUUCUGGGAGCUCCGCGACAGCAUUGUGCAGUGUGAGCUUCUCAUGCUGAGAGUUCUGCGCUUCCAGGUCUCCUUCCAGCAUCCACACAAGACCUACCACCACAGCCAAGUAUCUGCUCCACUACCUGGUUUCCCUCAAGAACUGGCUGAACCGCCACAGCUGGCAGCGGACCCCUGUUGCCGUCACUGCCUGGGCCCUGCUGCGGGACAGCUACCACGGGGGGCUGUGCCUCCGCUUCCAGGCCCAGCACAUCGCCGUGGCAGUGCUCUCUCUGGCCCUGCAGGUCUACGGAGUUGAAGUGCCUGCUGAAGUCGAGGCUGAGAAGCCAUGGUGGCAGGUGUUUAGUGACGACCUUACCAAGCCAAUCAUUGAUAAUAUUGUGUCUGAUCUCAUUCAGAUUUAUACCAUGGACACAGAGAUCCCCUAAGGCCCUGGCCCAGGCCUGCCCAAAGAGAAGCCCAGGAUGGUUGGCUGCCUGGGGACAUUGCCACCACGUCGCCAUGACGGCUGGUCCCCAGAGGACCGGCUGGGAGGACUGGUUUGCUGCUGGAGAAGGACUGGAGAAGGCGAUGGCAUGCUGCUGCUUUGACAGUCCCUAGCAGUUGCGGUCCAGACGAUGAUGGGAGCCGCACCUCCAGUGGGCAGGCCGGGAGUGCACUGUGUGAGCUGACCCAAGGCAGCCACAUCUGCUUUUGUCCUUUGAGAGGACUCUGACUACAACAGAGGCAUGACAUCAAUGAAAGGAAAACCAUGAAAUCGAUGAGACUGAAUCCCUAGGGAUCUUUUUAAAGCCAGAUUCAUAGCGAGAAUGAAUGUGCAACAUGGCUGAAAUCUAUUUUGUGUAAUAAAAGGUGAUGCAAGUCAAUA